AUGAGCACGCCCAAGGCUGUGUGGUACGUGGGGUGGCCCACGACGGUGAUCGGGCUGAUGCGAAGCGCGUUUCCGCUGACGGAUACGUUUUGGGUGGGUAAGCUAGGGGUGGUGGAGCUGAACGCGCUGUGCUCGAACGCGUUCGCGGGUUGGAUGCUGUACCUGUUGUGCUCCGUCGUGGCUUUCGGGGUGCAGAAUAAGGUGAGCGUGAAGGUGGGGGCGGAGAAGUACGAGGACGUCGGUGCGGUGCUCAGGGAUGGGUUGUUCGGGGCGGUGCUGACGUACGCGUUCAUCGCGUGCUUGAUACCCUUCGCGCCGGCGUACACGACGACGCUCGGCGUCGAGAAGGGCCUGACGGUGACGAUCGCGCAGGAGCAUCUUCGAGCAUCGCUCAUAGGUUCGGUGGGUUUAUGUUUCAGCAACGUCUUAGAGGGCACGUUGCGCGGGUUCGGUUCGAUGAAGCCGGCUAUUUGGGUCACGGCGUUCAUGGUGUUGUGCAACAUCGUGUUGGAUCCGCUGUUGAUUUACGGCGUCGGCCCGUUUCCGCGGCUCGGUGUCGCCGGUGCCGCGGUCGGAACGAGUAUUUCGACGUGCGUCGGGGCUUUCAUGUUCCAUCGCAUCUUGGUGAAGCGAUUCGAGGUGAAAAUUCCAGCCACCGCGCCGGAUACAAAGAUGCUCAAGGACAUCAUCGCCAUCGGAGCCCCAAUCGCGAUCGCCGGGAUCGUCUUCGCCCUCGUGUACGUUGGACUUGGGCGCAUCUUGACAUCUAUCGAUCCAGUCUCUCUCACCGCCAUGGGUCUCGGCCAGCAGUUUGAGAACAUUCCGUACACGGUUACGGAGGCGUUCCGCAUCGGCGCGUCGACCAUCGUCGGCCAAUGGAUCGGCGCUCGUAACGCAACGCGAGCGCGGGACGCGGGUUGGAGCGCCAUUCGUAUAUCGUCCGCCGCUCUCAUCCCAUUCGGCGUCUUCUUCGUCGCCUUUGCGCCGCAGUGCGUCGCGCUUUUGACGCAAGAUCCAGUCGUCGCCGGCCACGCGGUGUCCUACAUGUACUGGAACUUCCCAAUCGUCUCCUUCAUGGCGCUCGAGUGCGCCGUGGAAGGCGCCUUCACCGGCACUGGCGUCACAUACCCCGUUCUAGUCAUCGCCAUCCUCCUCAACUUCAGCAGACUUCCGAUCGCCGCCGCCUUGGCGCCCGCGUACGGAGUCGCCGGCGUCUGGUUCACCAUCGUCGCCACCCAGAUCGCGAAGACCUUGCUCAAGACCGCGUGGCUCCGGAAAACGUUCAACGAUCUCGUCGACGUCGAGAAAUCUCAGCUUGAUCUCCAUCGGGACGAUCUCGCGUCGGCUUGA